GACCGACGGGGUCAUGUGGUAACCAGGACUCCACUCUGAGGACAAGAUGUCUGCCGGUUCAGGCUCCGCCCCCCGGCGCCAUCCAUGGAUCUGGUGUUUCCUGGCUCUGAUCACAGCUCCUCCUGGAGGUCAAGGGGGCGACCUGAUGGAGCCGUGUGACGGGCGGGACUGCACCACCUGCCAGUGUUUACCUGCCAAAGGAGCCAGGGGUUUCCCAGGUCCUCUGGGUCUGCAGGGGCCUCAGGGGCCUCCAGGCUUCCCGGGCGGACCGGGACUUCCAGGGCAGAAGGGCGGUAGAGGAGCCGAGGGGCCGAUGGGAGGUUUUGGGGCAAAAGGAGAUGCUGGCCCCGCCGGUCUGCACGGUUUUUCGGGUUUGGACGGAGUCCCGGGCCUCCCCGGCCCGGCUGGAGGGCCUGGUCAUCCAGGUCUGGACGGAUGCAACGGUACCAGAGGAAUCCGGGGGAAUCCGGGGCUUCCAGGGGAACAGGGCCCUAAUGGAGAACCGGGUUUUACCGGUCCGAAGGGACGUAAAGGAGAGCCAUCGGCCAACUUCACCCAGUACCCCGGAGCUCCUGGCGACGCCGGGCCCAGCGGACUGCCGGGUCUGCAGGGGGAAGAUGGUCUGCCGGGCCCAACCGGACCCGCGGGUCCAACCGGAUCAGCUGGACCCGAUGGCCCUCCUGGUUCACCCGGAUCAAGGGGCCCGCCUGGUCAAAAAGGUCGAUUACUGCCGGGACCGAAAGGAGACGAGGGAGACCAGGGCCCCCAGGGGCCUCCGGGGCCCUUCGAGUACAUCGACCCUCCAGAGGACUUGUACAUAAAAGGGGAGAAGGGAUCUCCGGGGGAACCAGGACAGCGUGGCGUUCAGGGACUCCCGAGUCGGGAUGCGCCGCCUGGGAUCAAAGGAGAGAUGGGGAUUGUUGGAUUUCCAGGAGCCAGAGGGGAUUCUGGUCGACCCGGUCCGUCCGGACGGAAAGGCGCCUGGGGGACGAAAGGGAGCCAGGGUCUCCCAGGACUGAUAGGUCAAGAAGGUUUUAAGGGCUUUGCUGGUGAUCCGGGCCCUAAAGGCCCCCCUGUGAUUGAUGAUGUCACUCACAUAGGUGACACCGGGGACCCUGGGUUCCCUGGGGGAAGGGGCCCUCCUGGUGACAUGGGGCCAAUGGGAACGCUUGGUCCCCCUGGAUUCCCAGGAUCAUCAACACCAGGACUUAAAGGUUUUGAUGGUCCGAAGGGCGAACCUGGGUACAAAGGGGAGAGAGGAGAUCCGGGUCAGACUACAGACGAAGUGGCACAUGGAGAACCUGGAAAACCGGGACGGCGGGGACAUCGAGGGCCGAAGGGACUGCAGGGCCUCCCAGGAACGGUCUGUCUUAAAGGAGACAAAGGAGGCAAUGGAGAGCCAGGUGAUGGGGGCAUUCCAGGGCCGAGAGGCAAUGAUGGCAGUAAGGGUGUUCCUGGUGAAUGUCUAUGUAAAUCUACUGACCUGAAGGGCCCUCAAGGGCCUCCAGGGCCUAAAGGGCUUCCAGGGUCAAGAGGACAGCCCGGACCCCCAGGCCUCAAAGGAGAGAUGGGUUACUCUGGAGACUCGGGAGCGGAGGGGGUCCAGGGAGCGAAGGGCUUCAGGGGCCCCAACGGCCAGAAAGGACGGAAAGGUUUCACUGUGGGCGGCUUGAAAGGUGAAAAGGGAGAAAAGGGCAAAGUGGGCCCUGAGGGGGCCCCAGGAACCUGGGGCACAGACGGACCCUCGGGGCGCCCAGGACCACCUGGAGAUCCAGGACUUAAGGGGGACAGUGUCUCUUGUUUCCCUGGAGACAAAGGCUUCCCUGGACCCCCAGGACCGAAAGGAUUCCCAGGACGGCUGGGCCCCCCUGGAGUCAGCGUGGAGGGACCCCCUGGAGAGCGCGGGCCCCCUGGAAACCUGGGACCCGAUGGAUUUCCUGGACCGCCUGGACUGAAGGGAGAUCCAGGAGACCGUGGCCCCUGUUUUUCGACCCCCGGCCCUCGGGGGCCGAAGGGAGACCGUGGACCAGCAGGUGCCUCAGGUCCUCCAGGUGCUAAAGGCACCGCUGGCAUCCGAGGGCCAGACGGGCCUAAAGGGGACAAGGGACUGUCUCAUGCUCGAGGACCGCCUGGGGACCGAGGACGUCCAGGUGCUGAUGGAGAUCCUGGAGAAGACGGAACCGACAGUUGUUGUUACAAUGGAAGUCCAGGUUAUCCGGGGCCGCUCGGCCCCACUGGACUCCCCGGACCAAGAGGCAACACUCACAGUGGCCCCCAGGGGCCCGAAGGCCGGCCUGGACCGCCGGGGUCCCCAGGACGUAAAGGACGCCACGGCCCCCCGGGCAACCAGGGAGUACCAGGUCCCCAGGGGCCUUCUGGCUACCCUGGAGCGAAGGGACACAAAGGAAAUGUCGGGGCCCCUGGUCGACCAGGCCCCCUGGGGCCCACAUCAGACGAUUGUAAGGCAAGGACGCCUGAUGGCAUGGGCCCCCCAGGCCCUCCGGGACCCCGUGGCCCUCAAGGACCUCGUGGCCCUCACGGUUAUAAAGGAGAAAUUGGGGAUAAAGGUCUUCCAGCUAUUGGUCCAAAAGGCAAUAUUGGAGAACCUGGAUUUCCAGGGUCUCCAGGGACUCAGGGAUGUAAAGGGCCCCAAGGCCCAGUUGGGGACCCUGGCCAAAUGGGGCCCUUUGGUAGGAAAGGUCUGACUGGGCCCGGGGGCUUUGAAGGAAGGCCAGGUUUUCCAGGAAACAAGGGCAUCCCUGGAGGCCCAGGCAAGCCCGGAGAGUGGGGGCCUAAAGGACAAGAUGGAGGUCAGGGUUGUGCAGGCCCAAAGGGACCAAAAGGUCACAAAGGUUGUGCCGGUCCUCCAGGAGAACUCCUUCCCAGACCUGAAAAGGGCCCAAGAGGACCACCAGGACCCUCCGGCGAGCCGGGAUUCUCUGGACCACGAGGAAACAAAGGUGAGGCUGGAUGUCCAGGGAAUACUGGGUAUCUGGGGCCCAAUGGACCCCCAGGCUGUAAGGGACCCCAGGGACCCCAAGGGCCCCAGGGUAAGCAAGGCCUGCCCGGACCUCAAGGAACCAAAGGACAUCAAGGAUACUUCGGAUUUCCUGGGCUGAAUGGAGAACCGGGCGACCCAGGAUGUCUGGGACCCCCUGGGAGACCUGGUAAUCCAGGAUGUCGUGGACCUAAAGGUGAUAAAGGAGACGCCCUUGGUGGUCCUGGUCCACCUGGAGAUAAGGGCCAUCCUGGGGACAGAGGCCCUGAUGGCCCUUGUGGCCCUCCUGGAGAUUGUGGCCCCAAAGGCCUCUGUGGGCCACAAGGACAAAGAGGAAGCAAGGGACACAAAGGAUUACAAGGAUACCCUGGUGAACCAGGUGUGGCUGGUCCUCCAGGGCCCAGAGGUUACCAGGGGCUUCGAGGGCCUCCUGGUCAAGAUGGAGUGGACGGUCCUCUGGGGAGGGAUGGCUACGCAGGGAACAAAGGAGCUCCGGGGUCACCAGGGCUUCAUGGAUUAGACGGACUGAGUGGACAAAAAGGAGCCAAGGGGUCAAAAGGUGUAUGUCAGGGCAACAGUAAAAGUGAAAAAGGCCCUCCAGGCCCUAAAGGUUCUCCAGGUCCUCCAGGUCCCACUUGUCCACCCAAGAACGGCCCACCAGGACCGAAAGGCCCAACGGGACCCAAAGGGCCUCCAGGUGAUAAUGGACCGCCAGGUCCGCCUGCAAGCGACUGUAAAAACCCAAAACCAGGGCCACGGGGGGAUCCCGGUUAUAUGGGCCCAGAUGGAGACCCAGGUUGUCCUGGGGAAAUGGGAGAUCCUGGUCCAAAUACACCAAACUGUGGGGACAAAGGAGACACCGGUGAUCCAGGGUACUUGGGGCCAAAAGGACGCCGUGGAUAUCAGGGGCCACCAGGACCACCAGGCUACCCUGGAAACCAAGGCCCCAAAGGUAUGAAAGGCGACUCGGGUUUUCUGGGCAUACCUGGAGAACGGGGUGCGAGGGGUCAUCCGGGUCGCCCAGGGCCCAAAGGAAGGCCUGGAGGCAAAGGAUCAGAUGGUCCAAAGGGGCAGAAAGGCCGAAUUUUACCGAAUGGCCCUCCUUGCUCACCGGUUACGGGCCCUAGAGGGCCACCUGGCCCUCCUGGAGCUAGCGGAGAUCGGGGCCUGAGGGGCGAAAUUGGCCCCAGAGGGAGGAAUGGGAUGAAGGGGGAUCCUGGGACUGAUGGAGCAGUGGGCCCCCGGGGACGAGAAGGCUCCUUGGGACAGAUGGGAGAGCCAGGCCAGCCUGGAGAGAACGGAGUUCUGGGAGAAAAAGGCGAUCCGGGUCCCCCCGGUGACCCAGGUCCACCUGGACCGACCGGAGGCAUGAAACCAGGGUUCCUGUUGGUGAAGCACAGCCAAUCAAAGGUUGAACCAACAUGUCCGCCAAAUACGCAUCUGCUUUGGACUGGAUACAGCCUGCUGUACCUGGAGGGCCAGGAGAAGGCGUACUCCCAGGAUCUGGGUCAGGCCGGUUCCUGCGUUCCCGUGUUCUCCACCUUGCCGUUCUCGGUCUGCGAGACCAAAAAGUGCAAAUACGCCAAUCGAAACGACAAAUCCUAUUGGCUGUCGACGAUGAUGCCGCAUCCAGACCAUCCAUUCAGAGGAGAGACCAUCAAGGAGUACAUCAGUCGCUGCGUGGUGUGUGAGGCGCCCUCUGCUGCCGUGGCCAUGCAUGACCCCAACUCCAGCGAGCCACCAAGCUGCCCCCCCAACUGGAGCCGCCUGUGGACCGGAUACUCCAUCAUCAUGUUUUCAGGUGGCGGUGAUGAGGGCGGCGGCCUCUCCCUGGUGUCGCCGGGCAGCUGCCUGUCGCAGUUCAAAGCCCAGCCCUUCGUGGAGUGCCAGGGCGCCCGGGGAACCUGCCACUUCUUCGCCAACAUCUACAGCUUCUGGCUGACCACCCAGAGCGGCACCGAGGGCGCGCUGACCGACGCCGACCAGCAGAGGGCGCGCGUCGCCCAGUGCAGCGUCUGCAUCCGCAUGUGAGGCGCAGCGGGGCGGCGCUGGAGAGACUGGCGCCUUAAAGACCGGGGCGGGGCGCAGGAUGGGGCUUUUAUUUUGAAGAGGAGAAACUGUGAUGAUCCCGGCGGCCGAAACGCUGAUCAGGAGUGACUGGGAGCGCGGAGGGGUCCUGUACCAACUGGAAGAUGAAAGAAUAUUUGGUUUAAUCUUUAAAAUGGCCGAGCUUGUGCUGACUUACCAAAACAAUUCAGAGAAUAAAUCCAGUAGGAUGCUGACUGUCCUAAUUAUUAUUAUUAAAACAGUCGAAUUUAACCAGAUUAAAGGUUAAAAACAAUAACAUAACAGCUUUAAUGACUUCAUGUAAUCCUUUCUCUCAGUUUUCCCUCAUCAGGCGUUAAACCGGAUCAGAACCAGAACCUUCUCUAAAGUUCACUUCAUACCCAGAAACUCUGGAACUUCUGGAGCUUUAAAAGUUCACAGUUCUGACAGUUCCAGCUAAAAACAGUUUAAAGUUUCUUAAGGCGAAUCAUUUCCUGUUUAAAUAUUCAGCUUAAAUAUUUUUCUGGUUUUUAUCCUCCUACUUUGUUCAUUCAAUUAAUUUUAAUUCAACUGAAUUCUUCACUGAUCCCACAGAGAAAUGAAACGUAACUCAGAUCAUCCAGUUUCUGAAGAGUCGUGUUGAUGCUGCAGGCAGGAAGGAUCUCCAGUAGCAGUCAGGGUUCCAACAAAUCUGCAGCGGCAUCUGACUGAAGGCUGCGGCUGUGUGACAUGCUAACAUGCUAACACGCAGGCAGCAGAGACGACAUUCCACAGCAACAUGUCCUGGAUGACAUCUCCAGUCAUUAGCUAGCUAUGCUAAUCCACCUCUUGGUUUUGCUGCUCCUCUCCACGUCUCUGCCUGGCCGUUUGGUGAGAGAGAUGUUGGAGUAGAGGAUUCAACCCUAAACUCUGUUUGGAGUUUGAACUUCAUCCAUUUUGUUUGCCAAAGAUCUCUCAUUGGCCGGGACGAUGGAGGGAAGAGAUGGUCUGAACUUCCUCCUUUACAGCUCCUCUGGAGCCUGACGCCCAACCCUGGCAGCCCAUUGGCUGUUGUGACCUUUCUCUCCUCCUCUCAGGCGCUAAGCCCCGCCCCCAGCUGCACCAGCAACCGCUCUGAUUGGUUGGAUGGGAGGCAGCAAACGGUAAACGAGUCUCUGUUUUGUGUUUUGUUGAGAACUGCGUAAAAAGCUGUGAAUAUUUUUUCAUAUCUUUGAUCUGCUUUAAUGUUUUUAAACCAGUAGAAACAACUUCCUGUUUGUUUGUGUUCAGGAUUUUCAGAGUAAAACAAAAGAAUCAAUUUUAAACUCAAAGUUCAGAAUGUUAUGCAGCAGAAAAGACCUGAGGUAAAAAAAAUAAGGAAAAACCAGAACCAGAACUGCUUCAGGACCGGAACCAGAACCGUUUUAGAACUGGGAAUGGCGCUCGUUGUGUUCCGCCUGCGUUCCUGUUGCUUUAAAUCUGGGUUUUGGGUUUUUGGUUCAGUUUUCUGGUUCUGGUUCUGUUGGAUUCGUUAGUGACCUGUAAAUAUGUUUGAUCUCAACUGUUUUAUAAGUUUUAUGUAAAUUUCAUGAGUAUUUAUUUAGCCUUGAAAAUAAUGCUGGUGCUAUUUCAUUUUUGUUUUUGUCUCUUAUUUUGGUAAAUGAUGACAGGAUGUAACCCCGCCCUGAUCCUCCGCCAAAAUAAAGCAAUCAUCUGACAAAUAAUGGAUUUCUAACAAUUUUUCAAGUUGUGAAGCGCACUUAUAAAAUGUACAAGUUACAUUAAACUGGAUAAUGCCCAGAGGGUUUUACAGGAUGAAUAGUGACUGAAAUUUAGAUUUAGGAACUAAAUCUGGAGGAAUAACUGUUGUAAGACUACAGUACCCAUGAUCCUCCUGUUUUUAUUUUGUUUUCAUUCUAAUCAAAGCUGCUGGAUAUAUUUUAUUCUCUGUAGGAGGAAACUUCCCACUAACACUCCUGAAACAUUUCUACUUCCUGUGGAUGGAAAACUCAAUAAACUGCAUCAAAAUGUCAA